GUUGGCACUGCACAGAUCGGCGUUGGGGGUCUCCAGGCCUUUGGGUUGGACCAGUGCCCUCGCCGACGGCACCCCUGCCGGCAGGCCCCAACCGCAUCAGCAGGCACCAUGGCCGCACGGGCGGGCAUGCUUGCCAAGCUGUUUGACCCGCUGGUGGCCAUGAUGGCACCGCGGUACCAGGCUGCUGUGGGCAAGGAGCUGAUCAAGUACGGUCUGCGGUACGAGGACCUGUACGACCCGCAGCUGGACCUGGAUGUGGACGAGGCGCUCAAGCGGCUGCCCCAGGACGUGCUGGAUGCGCGCAACCAGCGGCUGAAGCGCGCGCACGACCUCAACAUGAAGCACAGCGAGCUGCCCAAGGACCUGCAGCAGCUGCAGACACCCUACUCCUUCUACCUCAAGGACGCGCUGGAGCUGGUGAGGCUGGAGAGCGACGAGCGGCUGGCACUGGGCGCCGGCAAGCCUUACGAGCGCCACUUCCCCUAGGGUGGCAGCAGCGUGCACCCCUCCUCCUGUGACGCUCCCUGGAGAUAGCUGCCCGCAGCCCGCAGCCCCUGCCCCUGCCCCUUUGGCUGCUACAGCAGAUGGUGGGCUGCAGCUGGCAGACAGCUGGCCAGGCGACAGCGGCACCCAAGUGGCAUGCUGACGCUGCCGGCCGCUGCGAGC